CCUAAUCCCAUUCAGCACUUAGAGGAGUUGUCAGGGGGAGCCAAGCCCGAAGAGGGGCCAACAACAGCACUCAACAUAACGCCAUCCCUUUGUCAGGUCGGAGAAAGAAACGCUGAAAGCAGAGAGAGCGUGAGACAAGAGAGGAGGGUGGGUGAAAGCAGAAGCAAACUCAGCAAAUCUGCCCCUUUGACCCGUGUAAAGCUUGAGAAUAUGGGGAACACCAAGAGCGGUGCUUUGUCCAAAGAGAUUCUGGAUGAUCUGAAGCUGAACACCAAAUACACAGAGGAAGAACUCUGCGCAUGGUACGCCACCUUCCUCAAAGAGUGUCCCUCUGGUCGCAUCACCAAGGAACAAUUCGAGGGCAUCUAUGCCCGUUUCUUUCCAGAUGCUGACCCUACCGCUUACGCUCGGCACGUCUUCCGCAGCUUUGACACUAAUGCCGAUGGCACCUUGGACUUUAAGGAGUACAUUGUGGCACUGCACCUUACCUCAUCAGGCAAGACCCUGCGCAAACUCGAAUGGGCAUUCGCUCUGUAUGACGUAGACGGCAAUGGAACCAUCAGUAAAAACGAGGUGCAGGAGAUCGUACGGUCAAUAUUCAACAUGAUUCCCGUCGAAGACCAGAAAAACCUUCCGGAAGAUGAGAACACACCAGAAAAGCGAGCUGACAAAAUCUGGACCUUUUUCAAAAAGAAAGAAGAUGAUAAGAUUGGAGAGGGGGAAUUCAUUCAGGGUGUCAUGGAAAACAAAGACAUCUUGAGGUUGAUACAGUUCGACGAGCCAAAGAAGAUUCAGGAAAAACUCAAGGAGAAGAAGCAUUAAUGGCCAUAUUCCCAUGAGACUGAUCAGAGCUUGAUUUCCAUUCAUUUGACACCAACACAACCCAGAUCGAUUCUCCAGGCCACACACUGGAUACAUUCAGACACUCUAUCCAUACACACUUCAGAGCCAUAAAGCAGCCAAACCUAGCUUUUCUUAUAACACAUACAAGACUUGUGAUCUGGACCACCACCAUCAUCACCUCAUCAUACCUGAAUUGCCUCACUGCUAUUUCGAUUGCUUUUAGAAUCCAAUCCAUAAGAGGUCCAAUCGAAUUAGGCUCGUGUUAACAGUCUGUUCUCAAUCCUCUUAGGAUCUGAAGGUCGGGUAAGACAAAUCCACAGGGUCCAGUUGCUCUCCUCUUUUAGAUCCCUUUGGGUUUAAGUAGGAGC